CACGGAUUUGGAGCCUGGCAGCCAAUUGGGGCGGCGCUGGCACAGGGAGGGUCCUGUCCUGUCCCUCCCCUCCUGCAGACCCCCCUGGCCGCCCUCCCGCACAAAAGCAGGGAAUUAAUUCGCUGAUUUAGGGGAGAGCAGGCUCCGCCGGCUGCGGGCGGAAAACCAUCACCAAAUCCCAAAAACCACCACGAAAUCCCAAAAACCACCACGAAAUCCGGAGGGGAGGGAAGGAGGCAGCCAUGGAGGAGCGCAAAUAACGCCCUCAAGCCAUCCUCAGCCGAGCUGAAGCGCAGAGCGGCGGCUGCUGCGGGGAAAGCCGACCUCGAUGCAUCCCCACGCUCCUCCAUCCUCAUCCUCAUCCCCACCGCCAUCCGGGGGCUGCACCUGCUGAGCCACAGCCACCGGGAGGAGGAAUGCCGAGCUGGCAGGGAGGAAGGCUCGCCUUUGUUCCCCUCUGAGCAGCGGCAGCGCCUGAGCCCUUCCUGGGGGGAUCUGCUGGCUCCAGCCCCUCCUGGGGAGCCAUGGGCACCACGGAGGCCACGCUGCGCAUGGAGAACGUGGAGGUGAAGGAGGAGUGGCAGGACGAGGACUUCCCCAGGCCUCUCCCAGAAGAGACAGGGAUGGAGUCCCUGGGAAGCCCCACGGAAGACGAGACCACGUCCUCUCCCCCCAACACUCUGAACUUUAACGGGGCCCAUCGGAAGAGGAAGACCCUGGUUGCACCUGAAAUCAACAUUUCCCUGGACCAGAGCGAGGGCUCCAUCCUCUCUGACGACUUCCUGGACACCCCGGAUGACCUGGACAUCAAUGUGGAUGACAUUGAAACCCCUGACGAGACAGAUUCCCUCGAAUUCCUGGGCAAUGGGAACGAGCUGGAAUGGGAAGAUGACACCCCCGUGGCCACGGCCAAGAACAUGCCUGGGGACAGUGCAGACCUGUUUGGGGACGGGGGCACGGAGGAUGGCAGUGCCACCAACGGGCGCCUCUGGAGAACCGUCAUCAUCGGCGAGCAGGAGCACAGGAUCGACCUCCAGAUGAUCAAACCCUACAUGAGAGUGGUGACACACGGAGGAUACUACGGAGAAGGUCUCAACGCCAUCAUCGUCUUUGCUGCCUGCUACCUCCCGGACAGCAACCUGGCAGAUUAUCACUACAUCAUGGAAAACCUCUUCCUGUAUGUGAUCAGCAGCCUGGAGCUGCUGGUGGCUGAGGACUACAUGAUCGUGUACCUGAACGGGGCCACGCCCCGCAGGAGGAUGCCAGGCCUGGGCUGGCUCAAGAAGUGCUACCAGAUGAUUGACAGAAGGCUGAGGAAGAACCUCAAGGCCCUGAUCAUCGUGCAUCCCUCGUGGUUCAUCCGGACUGUUCUGGCCAUCUCCAGGCCCUUCAUCAGUGUGAAGUUCAUCAACAAGAUCCAGUACGUGCACAGCCUGGAGGAGCUGGAGCAGCUCAUCCCCAUGGAGCACGUGCAGAUCCCAGACUGUGUCCUGCAGUAUGAAGAAGAGAGGAUCAAGGCCAGAAAAGAAAGGGCAGAGGAGAAACAGGACAUGGCUGAGAGGGAAAGCCGGCCCACGCCCCCAGCAGAGGAUCAGGAGACCAGCAUGUCCUGAGUGGGAGCAGCACGGAGGAAUGGAGUGGAGAAGGAGCAGCCUGGCAGUCACCCACCUCCACGAGCUCUGGGGACAAGAGCUUGCCACCACCCUCUUCCAAGUCCUGUAAAUCCUGGAGCCUGCCUCCUCUGCCUCCAAGGUGCAAAGUCCUUCAACCUCUUGGGAAUCACUUUCCUUUUUUAUUUAAAAAAAAAAAAAAAAAAAAAAAAAAGAAGAUCAAAAACCAAACAACGCCUCCAGAAAACGAAGCAAGAGCAGCACUUUACAGGACAGGUUCUGGUGUGCUUAGGGAAUGGUCUGUGGAGAGCAUUGCACAGCGCAGAUACUCACUGUGUAUCCUUGGAGUAAGUCAAGAGCAUCCUCCAGCCCAUGGAUCUCCAGCCCAGAAAGAGAAUUUAUUUUGGUUUCAAGGAUGAACCUUCCCCUCACUCGCUGCUGGCCAGCACGGAGCUCCCCCAGGCUCCUCCAGGAGGCCCCAAAAGCUGCCACCCCUGGGAAUAACCACCACAGGCAAUGGGAAGAGCUUCUCCCUCCUUUUCCCAGCCAGUGUGGGUUUCUUCCAGAAGAUUCCAAGUGCCCACGGCCUGGGCAGCACUGCCAGCUUCCACCGCCGCCCGUUCCUCUGGAACUCACUCCCGGCAGGAAACCCCACGGCUCUCCCAUGGAUUUUUCCUGGUUUUUCCUGAUUUAUCCCAUCCAGGUGCAUGAGGCACUCUGGAGGAUCCCACAGAACCUUCUCCUGAGGGCACACACCCCAUGGGCUCGGGGUUUGGGAGGAGAAUUCCACACUGGGAAGUUCUCCAGGCCGUGUCUCAUCUCCGUGGACAAUCGCUCGCUGCUGAGGCCUCCCAGGAGCUGCUGAGGUGUUGGGAGGUUCCUGAGGAGGAGGGAAAGGCUCAUCCAGCAGCAUUCCAGCCCAUCCAGCAGCAUUCCAGCCCUGAAUGGCCCCUGGAGAGCACAGAGCACGGGGCUGGCUGCUGGAGCCCAGAGAUCUUGGACCCUCGGAAUUCGGGAUUUGGACUCGUGAGGAUUCUGUCAGCAAAGGAGGGGGAAAGAAAGGAAGGAAGGAACAACUGUCUGGAUGACUUACUUUGGAAAUUCCUGGUGUCAGAGCCAGAGGCAGCUGGCAUGGCCUUGGGCUGGAUCCCUGGCAGUGCCCAGGCCAGGCUGGAGCAGCCUGGGGCAGUGGGAGCUGUCCCUGCCAUGGCAGGGGGGCACCGGGUGGGAUUUGAGUUCCCUCCAAAUCAUUCCAGCAUCCCCUGAUUCCAUGAUGAGGUGAAACCCCUCUCAGACCCCUGCAGAUGAAGAAUUCCCUGCCCAUUUCUUCACUCCAUCACCCCUUUCAUUCUCCUGAUGAAGAAUUCCCUGCCCAUUUCAUCUUUCCAAGGAGAAUUCUGGCAGAGCAGGAUUUCUCCUGGAGGUGGGGAUGGCUCCUCUGGACACACAAAGCUGCUUCUCUCCUCCUUUCAGUGAACAAAACCACUCUGGGCAAGACCUUUUUUCCCCUGGGGGCUCCAAGGAAGCACCAAAAGUACUUUUGUACCUUCAUUCUCACUUGAGACCUUCUCCUCACACACCCCAGCCACGGAUGGGAAGCAGAGCACGGCACCCACAGCCCCAGCCCAGAGGAUGAAGAUGGAAACAAAAAAUAAAAAUAAUAAUUCCACAUUUCAUCUUAAAAACUUGGCUGAUUAAACCAAUUUCAGUUCUCAUCAUGAACAACCACAGAGCUCCUCGAGGCUGGGACGUCACUGAGAACAAUUCAAGCUGAUUUUCCUUUUUUUUUUCCCUUUGUUUUGAUGGAUUUAGAGGGAAAACCAUCAGCUUUGCACCCACGCUGGCACUGCAAGGGCAGUCUGCAAUUAUUCAACAAUAAAGUGGAUAAAAUGUUGAGUGAUGGGGGCAAAAUCCAGCUCCAGAAAGAGUUUGUGCAUCAAAAAACGUUUAAAAAUCCUGCUGGGAUGGGGAAGAUGGAUGUGGGAGAUGAGGAAUCCCAACCUCCUGUCAGGAGGGGGCUCUGGGUCCACACCAGAAGGGAAUUUGCUUUUUGGUUGUUUCAUUCCUCCCCAAAACCACUCUGUCUGCACUUUCAGGGGAAAAAAAAACACAGAAUGAGCAGAUCUGACAAUGAACCUUCACUUUUUUCCAAGAAAUUCCUUCAGAGCAAGGGAAUUUCAGCUGGGAAAAGGACAGAUCCCCAACUUCCCUUCAUGAGAUGGAGGUGGGCAGCUGUUUCCAUACAAAAAAAUCAAUAUUUAACUUCUUGGAAGUGAUUUUUUUGGUUUGUUUUGUUCCAAAAAGUGCACUUUGUGAUGGAGCACUCCAAGUGGCGUGCACUAGAUUUUAAUUUUUUAAUUUUUCACAGUUUUAUCAGCAUGUAAAGUUCAUGUUCAUGGAUGGAUGGAUGGACUCAUGGAUGAAGUUUUUAUGUCUUUUAACACAGAGAAGAACCUGCAGCCCCAUCAAGGAGAAAUUAGAAAUGUCAAAAGUGCAUUUUAUAGCAGGAAAAAAAAAAAAAAAUCAUUAACUUAUUUCAAGCAGUGAUUUUAGGGGUUGAUUGCAAAGCAAAAACACAAAAAAAAAGGAAAAUGUCCCUGUCCCAAAGGUGGAGUGACAAAUCUCAGCUGGAUGGGGAGGAACCUGCACUGCUGCUGGUGGAAGUGCAUUGCCAGUAGAACUCUGACCAGUAUAUAAAUAUAUAAAUAUGUUUAAAGAAGAAAUGGAAUAAAUUCACCCCCCUAGCAAUCCUGCUGGACUGCUCAGUGCCCUCUCCUGCCUCAGAAAAUCAUCCCUGCAGGACCAAGAUCCUCCUUCCUGAAUCCUGACUCGUUCAUUCUCAAUUACACUGAGCACUUUCUGGCCUGAUCUGACUUUUUCCUGAGAUUUUUCUUCUGUGGGAAGUCACGUUUUAGCUGCAGAAAAAGUUCUUUUAUGCCCACAUUCACCAAAUCCUGGUGGUUUUACUCGUGUGUGUGUAAUGGCAGGACCUCGACUCACUCCACAUCAACCUGAAAAAUCCAAUUUCUUCCUGUGCAGAGCAGGGAUUCCCUUCCCCUCCCUUGGGGGGUUUAUCUCAGCUCCAGAAACUCCAAGUUUUUUGGUUUUCCCCCCAGGUUUGGGGCUGACAGUGAGUUUUUGUUGUGGGUCACAGGGAGGGCCCAGGAAGCCAAGCUGGAUUCCAGGGCAGGAAUUCACCCCAACCCUUUCUGUCUGUGGAUAUUUACAGCUUCCCUCGGGGCAAUUUUUCCAUCUUUAUUCCUCACAGAGGUGCAGGAAAAGGUUUUAAAGGCAACAAAUCCUCUUUUUUAGAGGAUUUAAAAAUAAAACCAGGAGUCAAGGAAGGGCUGGGAAGGGCCUGGAGCAGGAGAAAGGGACAAAAACCCCACAAAAAGCACAUUUUCCUCUUUUCUAUUUCCUCCCUUCCUGGCAGCCAGAAACUCAGCAGGUUUUGCUAAAGAGGAGUUGAGAACUCCCCACGACAAUAAACCACAAUCCCAGGGCUUUUUUUUUUUUUUUGGGUUUAUUUUUUAAUUUUUUUGUUCCUUUCCAGCCCAACCCCACCUGUACCAACGUGUGAAAUGUCAUUUCCUGCAGUGGUUGUAAUUAGGUGGUUUGUGCUAGCAGACUCUUCAUCUGUAGCCUGAGUUUUGCUUUGUAUUCUUCCAUGAAAUCUGUGGAUAUUCUAUUAAAAUGAGACUAAUCCUGCAGCCAA